GCGUCCUCUCAGUCCCGUCCCCCUUCCUGGGGUAGCGCCCGGGGGUUGGGCUGGGGGGUGGUGGCGAGAUCCCCGUGGCCCCGGCCCCGCCCCUCCGUGGGACCGAGGAGCGCGGGCGGGGUGACGCUCAGCCGCCCUUGCCCAGCAGUCCGCGGGAAGGAGCGGGUGCCCGCAGUUCUCCUCGCAGCCCCCCGGACCCGCCUCCGAGAUGUCGUAUAUGCUCCCGCACUUGCACAACGGCUGGCAGGUGGAUCAGGCCAUCCUUUCGGAGGAGGACCGCGUGGUGGUCAUUCGCUUUGGGCACGACUGGGACCCCACCUGCAUGAAGAUGGACGAGGUGCUCUACAGUAUAGCCGAGAAGCCCGUUCAGCACACUGUACGCAUUAGCUUCUGCCUUCUUCUGGGCGAGGUUCCGUCGACUUUCCGGUUUUAAAGAGGUUCAUGACUCCUCCUCUGCAGUGCCCUGAACAAAACGCACUUAGAGACUUUGGCAAGAACGAUGGAGUUUACUUAAACUGCUUAGUUUAAGAGGAUUGUCCACUUUGGCUACAUUGUUUCUUGUGUUCGUGAAGCUGAACAUUCCUGUGAAGCGGACGGUAAACCCUGUUACUUUUCUUCUGGUCUUUUCCCCUCCAUACUCUUUGUAAGUCACUUGAUUUGUAGCUUCCAGUGAUUCAGUUGCAGAUGUUAGGAGAAAAGAGAAUUGUGCUCCUGAUUUUUAAUAUUAGUACUGUAGCUUGUCCUGGUGCUUGUUUGCUGAUAAGGGAAGUGCCGUCCUUGGCACAACAUGUUAUGUAACCAGGGCUUAGUGCUUUUCUGUAGUUUCUUCAUGGUGAUUUGAAGAUAACUUUAAUUUGGAGUUUUGCAAUUGUAGCAAUAGGACAAAGAGCAAAUACAUUAUGGUGUUAAUAAAAUAUCUAACAUUGACAUUCCAUAGAUAAUUUGAGAGGUCAUUUUAAUGAAGAGUAAAAGUAAUGGAAACAUU